AGAUGACCUGAUGGUUAGUGUUAUCUACAAGGAGUCCGAUAUAUAGACGUAAACAUCAAAUAUUGCUCAAUACCCUCUAUCUUCUUGUGUCAAAAUAUACUGAAAUGUCGUUUUAUUUGGUAAUUUUGGCCCUUGCGGCGACAACUUGCAAAGAAAUGAGUAGUCUUGCUACCACAACAAAUAUGUUUACAACGCGCAUGCCUACUCCUCCUGCGACUGACAUGACUACUGCUACAAAAGCAACCGAAUGUGUUGAUGUAUUUCACCACUGUGCAGCCUUUAAUACAACAGCAUGUGAUGCCAAUCACCAAAGCUGGGCUAAGAAAUAUUGUGCUAAAUAUUGUAAUUUAUGUGAUGAUUCCUGUGUCGAUAAAGAGCCGAACUGUGAGACAUAUGGCCUGGCCGCCUGUCAGACUGCCUUUUCAUCAUGGGCCACAAAGAACUGUGCCAGAUUCUGUGGAAUAUGUAUUAAUGCAGAAAUACCAACACCUCCAGCAUCGCCAGACGCGUUGCCAUCGCGGGCUGGGUGCCACGAUGUUCAAGACUGCAAUGCCUAUUCUCGUGACGUGUGCACGGACUAUGCAAUUUGGGCCCGUCAGCACUGUGCGUCAUAUUGUGGAUUUUGCACUUAGGAUCAACAAUCUGACGUCAGCAAAUCUUACUGCAGUUGUAUACAUGUGUUCUUGGAGUUUUAGUUGACUCUAUAUACUCAGCUGUAAACAAAUCAACAUGAAAUAAAAGAAAA